GGGGCCGCUGACCGAGCGACGCGGCGGCACCGCAGCUCCUGCCCGGGCCUGGCCGGUGGGCGGCAGCGGGCCCGAGCGCCCCGGGGCGCGGCCCGACGGCAUGAAGGACCUGGACGCCAUCAAGCUCUUCGUGGGCCAGAUCCCGCGCCACCUGCACGAACAGGACCUCAAGCCGCUGUUCGAGCAGUUCGGCCGCAUCUACGAGCUGACGGUGCUCAAGGACCCGCACACCGGCGUGCACAAAGGUUGUGCCUUCCUUACAUACUGCGCCAGGGACUCUGCCAUCAAAGCUCAGACGGCCUUGCACGAACAGAAGACCCUGCCGGGGAUGGCGCGCCCGAUCCAGGUGAAGCCGGCCGACAGUGAGAGCCGUGGAGGUAGGGACCGGAAGCUGUUCGUGGGCAUGCUCAACAAGCAGCAGUCGGAGGAAGACGUGCUCAGGCUCUUCCAGCCCUUUGGCGUCAUCGACGAAUGCACAGUGCUGCGAGGACCCGACGGGAGCAGCAAAGGCUGUGCCUUCGUGAAGUUUUCCUCCCACACAGAGGCCCAGGCGGCCAUUCACGCCUUGCAUGGCAGCCAGACCAUGCCGGGGGCCUCCUCCAGCCUGGUGGUCAAGUUCGCAGACACGGACAAAGAGCGGACUCUGAGGCGCAUGCAGCAGAUGGUUGGCCAGCUGGGCAUCCUGACGCCAUCCCUCACCCUGCCCUUCAGCCCCUACAGUGCCUACGCCCAGGCUCUCAUGCAACAGCAGACGACAGUGUUGUCCACCUCCGGCAGCUACCUGAGCCCCGGCGUAGCCUUCCCCCCUUGCCACAUCCAGCAGAUUGGCGCCGUCAGCCUUAACGGUCUGCCCGCCACGCCCAUCGCCCCCACCUCCGGGUUACACUCGCCCCCACUGCUGGGCACUGCCGCCGUUCCUGGCCUGGUGACGCCCAUUCCCAAUGGCUUCCCAGGUGUCCUGCCCUUCCCUGGGGGCCACCCCGCCCUGGAGACUGUGUAUGCCAAUGGCCUCGUCCCCUACCCAGCUCAGAGCCCCACGGUGGCAGAGACCCUCCAUCCUGCCUUCUCCGGAGUCCAGCAGUACACAGCCAUGUACCCCACCGCGGCUAUCGCGCCUGUGGCGCACGGCGUCCCGCAGCCUCCGCACCUCCUGCAGCAGCAGCGCGAAGGUCCCGAAGGCUGUAACCUGUUUAUCUACCACCUCCCCCAGGAGUUUGGAGACACGGAGCUGACCCAGAUGUUCCUCCCCUUCGGCAAUAUCAUCUCCUCCAAGGUGUUUAUGGAUCGGGCUACCAACCAGAGCAAGUGUUUCGGAUUCGUGAGCUUUGACCACCCGGCCAGCGCGCAGGCGGCCAUCCAGGCCAUGAACGGCUUUCAGAUCGGAAUGAAGAGGCUGAAGGUGCAGCUGAAGAGACCCAAAGACCCGGGACACCCGUACUGACCACGCCCACAGCCCCCCCGCUGUGGGUCUGGCCCCAGGUGAGCCGCCAGGCGGCCUGUGCCCUGCCCAGCCCUGGUGUCGUCCACCCCCUCCCCUCCCAAGCUCACGCUCCAGGAAGCCAGUGGGGACAAACCCCUCCCCAUCACCUUCGGCUUGGGUGGCACAGAGGGUGGGAUUCGGGUGGGGAGGUGGAGCGAAAGCUAGGCGCUCCCGCCAGGGGGGCUUCCCAGGGAAGGUUUUGAAGGAUGAAUAGAAGCUCAUGCAGAAGUGGGCGUGUGGGUCGGUGCAGGGUGUGAUGGGCGGGGCUUCUAUCCAAUCCGGUGAAGCUGUUCCCCUCCGGGAAGCCUAAAAGGUGUUCAGCACACGUCCCAGGCCUGGGUCCCUACAGUUGGAACUUGGAAUACCCAGUUAAGCUUGGCCCAGACCUGAAGCAGAGGAGAUGGGAGCCCGUCACCGCCUUCCGGUCCCCCACCUCUGCCCCCACCGGCUCCCGUGGACCCCGAGAGCCCUGUCUUCUGAUUACAUGCCCAGCGGGUUCACAAAACCCAGAGCGUACGCCACUCACAAUCUCGCCAAACAAACAAAAAGCCAGAUAUACCCAAAACAAGCAAAAAAACAAAACCCCAAAGUCAGAUUCCCAUCGACCGCAUUGUCAGCACUCGCUCUGGAACUGAACUGACUUUAAAGGUGGAAUCAACUGCCCACGGCCUCAUGGGAGGGGACAGCUCGGCCACCCGCUGCCGCCACCCACAGAGAGCCCAGAAAUACUUUUGAUUUUUCCCCUUUCUCUCUCUCUCUCUCUCUCUCUCUUUCUUUCUUUCUCUCUUUCUCUUCCUCCCUCCCUCCCUCCCUCCCUUUCCUUCCUUCCUUUCUUUCUUUUUCCUUCUCUGUUCUGAUCACCUGAGGGCCCAGGGUCUGGUAGAGGGCACCAGUGUCUAGUCCUUCCGCGUGUUUUGUUUGUUAUCUGGGUUUUAUUUAUUUUGGUUUCAAUGAGGAAACCUGUCAAUCAGGAACAAACCCCCAGCACAUCCGCCAGGUCUUCACUUUUAGCCCAGUGUCCUGUGGAUCUCUGCUCUGGGCUGGGGCGGAGCCAGUCUAUAAAUGUCCCCAAACUGACGGUGACGGUCAGGAACUGACGGGGUUUUCUUACCAGGACCAACGUGAAGUGGAGCAGGGUGUUCUGUGCCCCACUCCCCUCCCUUCCACUGCUCCCUAAUGCCCCCCCUCCAUCCUCCCUGGGUUGAGUGGUCGCCACUUCCAACCACCCCAGGACUUCUAUGUAAAUUACAGCCAAGUUUGGACACCAGCCCUCCCAGUGACCCCUCUUCCCCAUCUGUCCCCCCACGCAGGCCCCCCCAAUUCCAAAGCCACUGAGAGCCACAUGGGGCAUAGAAUGCUCCGUGGUGUGGAGGGGGGGCGGUGGGGGAACAGGAGUCUGAGCCCAGGUCUGAGGGGUCCCUACACUGCCAAUCACCAUCUGCCCCUCGACUUGGGGACACCCCCUGUCGGCCCGGGAGGCUUUCCGGGCCAGCCAGUACCCUGUCCCGUCCCCCACUGCCCGUUCCCCCCCGUAGCCGCGCCCGAGAGCGCGUCAUAGACUAUGUAUUUUUGGAGUAUGAACCGCAGGGGCCAAACGGUGGCUCCGAGCCGGCCACUCCCCGGGACCAAGGACUGCCGAGGCCGGCUGGAGGCCGCCCCCCGCCGGACGCCAAACCAGGACCCCGCCAACACCAUAUACCUCCAGUCCUUGGGGUCCCCACGGCUGCUGCCACUGCCCGCGUCCAGGGCCGCCCCCCCUCCCGCUUUCACAGCCUUACUUGGGUGACCAGGUGUCCUUAGCUUCCCUCGGGGAAGCCUCCCGCCCCCCACUGUCCCCAGGUGUCCCCCACUGCCCCUCAGGUAUCCCCCAGUGUCCCUCCCCCACCCCCGCCGCCCUCCAAUCACCAGCCUUGAACUGAAGGUCUCCACCGAGUCGGACGUGGCCACACUGACCGCCAGACCCGGUUGCCGACACCGCGGACUCCGCACGCGGAUACUUUUCAUUUGUGGUCUUUUUCCAGACCACAGGGCAGGGCGGGGGUGGGGGGUUCACUGAUAAUCCGCUUCUGUUUCCUAGCUGGGGGAUUGGGAGGACUGAGGUGGGGAGCCGCCCCUGUACAUUACCCCCUGCCCACGUACCCACCGCAAAGCACAGAGUCGUUAGUUUGGACAUCCCACCCGGGGGAGCGGGGUCCGGAUCCCUUCUGACGAGUCCAAAAGCAAAACAAAAGAGACAAAAAAAAAAAUUUAAGGUUGAAGAAAGUGCAAAAACCGAUUUUUUAAAAAUCGCUUUUCGUUUCUACCAACAUGUUUGUUGACUGCUCCAAAACAAAGGAAAAAAAGUCAAAAAAAAAGUCAAAAAAAAAAAAAAAAGAGAGGAAAAAAAAUAUCCCACCGGAUUCCGCCCGCCUUGUUUCGCGUCCCCUGUUCUGAACAUUCCUACGGUGAGACUGUGCUCCGUCCAGUGCGAGCGUGUGUCCGCCCCGGUUCGCGUGGCCCGGGGUCGCCGCCGAGGGCGUGCUGGCGUGCACGCCGCCUAGUUCAUGUUUACGAGCUGUAAAUACCAUUUUUAUACUCCACUCGAGAAACCCUAUGUGAUUUGUACGACGGGCUUUAUUUCUGCUACGACGAAUUUCGUGAAAUUUCAACUUCAAACUGAACGUUGGAGACAGCGGAGAGAGGGUGGGGAAGGUGGAGGGCGGGGAGGAAGUGUGGGCGUUCGUCCCCUGCCUCCUGUUCCUGUGCGUGCGAGGAGCGGCUCAGCGCCAAAUCACCUCUCUUUGGUCUGGAAGGAAAAAAAAAACGAAAAGUUUAUUUAAUAAAAGUUUUACUUGUUAACAGCGACUCUCUCUCCCCGUGUUUUCCCAUGCGUGGCGCAUGGAAGAGCCACGCUCCUUAUUUGAGGCUGAGUAAUAUUCCAGUGUGUGAAUAAAACAUUUUUUUCUGA